UCUAAAUUUAUAGUUUUGGCGUUCUCCAAACAUAUAAUCAGGGUCAUAUACGGAAGAAUGCACACUCGGAAGGAAGGUCGCACUUGCUGCUUCGCAGGGAUGGAAGGUUAUCCACCUCAAUACGUCGAUGGAGUCCAGCUGCGACCUAUAUACUAUUCGCUCGAGGAAUCCUCAGACCACAUCCUGCACCAACUUAUUGAACUAAAUGAUGAACCUGCACAAUUCCACAACAUCAUUCGAGCAUGUAUGGAGCCAGCCCCGAAGACCGCCAAGGCACUGUGGGAGAAGGGACAUUUUGUGCUGUCGACACCACUCAGCACGCAUCCGGACCCCACCCGCUGUCGGCCUUCGUUCACAAAGCCGAUGUGUCGGGAUAGAGUCUUGCAUGCUCUACAAGAUAGAAGAAAUCUCCAGUGCUUGCUCUCGCGCAAACAGCAUACAUCACUGUCUACAUAAAACCACACUUUCUCCACCCGUUCCAGGCACAUUAAUACAGAAUGCCACCCAAGCCCCGCAACAACAACAACAACGACAACAGCGACAACCCCGACAAGUCUACAACACAAAAAUGGGUUGCCCGCCCCCCCAAGACCCCCAAAGCAAAAGACAUCACGAACAGAGAGUACUUUCUUCGGCGAAGCGGCCGACACUUCGAACCACUCCCUUUCAUCUUCUCCUGAUAUCCCGCCUACACCGCCCCAAGCCUCGCCGAAGACUAGUUCGCAGGGAAGUGUUGUUGACAUUUCCAAGACUGAGACUGAGAAGGAGAAAAAGGGCGCAAAAGAAGACAAUGUGGGGAAGAAUGUAAAAGGUGAUAGCGAAGACGGUGAGGGAGUGACUGAUGAUGAGGAGGAGUGGGUGGCGGCGCAUAGGAGAAGGAAUGAGGAGGAGGAGGGAAAGACUGUUGCUACUAGGAAGAAGAUCGGACAACAAAACGAGGGGGGGGGGAAGUGAGGACCAGAUAGGGUCUAGGGAGUCAAUGUAGUUGGAGUUAGAACUGGAGAUCUUCCGAUUGAAUUGGCACCGGGCUGAAGG